UGUGCGCGUGCGCGGCCACGGCGGAGAGGAGCCAGCGGGCCUGAGGGACAGAGGAAAAGGAGGGGCGGGUCGGAGCCGCCGGCCGCCUGAGGAGGUGGAGAGGGGGUUGUGCUCCCGGCCAGCGGAGGACACAGGGGCGGGGCCGGCGAAGGGCGCGUGCAGGUGCCGGGCUCCCGGGCUGCGCGGGUGCGCGAGCGGCUCCGUGGCCCCCGGGCGUCGCGGUGGCCGCCGCCGCCGCUUGGUCGCCGUCGGUCUGAGGGAAGCGGGUUAUGGCGGCGGCGGCAGCGGGAGCUGUGAAUGAGUUCUCCGGCCGGACGACGGAAAAAGAAAGGCUCAGGCGGCGCGAGCCCGGCGCCUGCCAGGCCUCCGCCCCCCGCCGCGGUCCCCGCCCCUGUCGCCGGCCCGGCCCCCGCGGCCGUCCCGCCGCCUAAGCGGAACCUGUAUUACUUCUCGUACCCGCUGGUCGUCGGCUUCGCCCUGCUGCGCCUGCUCGCCUGCCACCUGGGGCUCCUCUUCGUGUGGCUCUGCCAGCGCUUCACCCGCGCCCUCAUGGCCGCCAAGAGGAGCUCCGGGACCGCGCCGGCGCCCGCCUCGCCCUCAGCCCCCGCUCCCGGGCCGGGUGGCGAGGCCGAGAGCGUCCGCGUCUUCCACAAACAGGCCUUCGAGUACAUCUCCAUUGCCCUGCGCAUCGACGAGGAAGAGAAAGCAGGACAAAAGGAACAAGCUGUGGAAUGGUACAAGAAGGGUAUUGAAGAACUAGAAAAAGGAAUCGCUGUUAUAGUAACAGGCCAAGGUGAACAAUAUGAAAGAGCUAGACGUCUGCAAGCCAAAAUGAUGACUAAUUUGGUUAUGGCCAAGGACCGUUUACAACUUCUAGAGAAGCUGCAACCAGUUUUGCAAUUUUCCAAGUCACAAACGGACGUCUAUAAUGACAGUACUAACCUGACAUGCCGCAAUGGACACCUCCAGUCAGAAAGUGGAGCAGUUCCAAAGAGGAAAGAUCCCCUAACACAUGCUAGUAAUUCACUGCCUCGAUCAAAAGCAGUCAUGAAAAGUGGAUCCACGGGCCUUUCUGGUCACCACAGAGCACCUAGUUGCAGUGGUUUGUCCAUGGUUUCUGGAGCAAGGCAGGGUCCUGGUCCUGCAGCUUCCACGCAUAAGGGUACUCCAAAACCAAGUAGAACCAAUAAACCUUCUACACCCACAACGGCUGUUCGGAAAAAGAAAGACUUGAAAAAUUUUAGGAAUGUGGACAGCAACCUGGCAAACCUCAUAAUGAAUGAAAUUGUUGACAAUGGGACAGCUGUUAAAUUUGAUGACAUAGCUGGUCAGGAAUUGGCAAAACAAGCACUUCAAGAAAUUGUUAUUCUUCCUUCUCUACGGCCUGAGUUGUUCACAGGGCUCAGAGCUCCCGCCAGAGGGUUGUUACUCUUCGGUCCACCCGGAAACGGAAAGACAAUGCUGGCUAAAGCAGUAGCUGCAGAAUCUAAUGCCACCUUUUUCAAUAUAAGUGCUGCAAGUUUAACUUCAAAAUAUGUGGGAGAAGGAGAGAAGUUGGUGAGAGCUCUCUUUGCUGUGGCUCGAGAACUUCAGCCGUCUAUAAUUUUUAUAGAUGAAGUCGAUAGUCUUCUGUGUGAAAGAAGAGAAGGGGAGCACGAUGCUAGUAGGCGACUAAAAACUGAAUUUUUAAUAGAAUUUGAUGGUGUGCAAUCUGCUGGAGAUGACAGAGUUCUUGUAAUGGGUGCAACUAAUAGGCCCCAAGAGCUUGAUGAAGCCGUUCUCAGGCGUUUCAUUAAACGGGUAUAUGUGUCUUUACCAAAUGAGGAGACGAGACUGCUUCUACUUAAAAACCUGUUAUGUAAACAAGGAAGUCCUCUGACCCAAAAAGAACUUGCACAACUUGCUAGAAUGACUGAUGGAUACUCUGGGAGUGAUCUCACAGCUUUAGCAAAAGAUGCAGCAUUGGGCCCUAUCCGAGAACUGAAACCAGAGCAAGUGAAGAAUAUGUCUGCCAGUGAGAUGAGAAAUAUUCGAUUAUCUGACUUCACAGAGUCCUUAAAAAAGAUAAAGCGCAGUGUGAGCCCUCAAACCCUAGAAGCAUACAUCCGCUGGAACAAGGACUUUGGAGACACCACUGUUUAAAGCAAUGCCUUUGUAAGCCUGCAGAACAUUCUACUUAACAAGAAACACGAGCUUCAGAGAAGUUAUCAGCCACAGGAACUCAGACUUCGUUUACAGGACUUUUUAGAGUUUUCCUUUUUGCGUACCAAACUUGAAGAGGAACAAAAAGACAGACCUAAAUAAAAUAUGCAAUGUGAAUGGAAUUUUUGUUUAAGGCCUUCUUGCCGGUGGUCAAUGGUUUUUUCAGUGGGCACUGUUAGUUAGAGCACAGCAAAAAUAGAUUCUAGCUCUUUAUUGAGAGUAAUCAUUAUGUAAAUAAUAAUUUGUAUAUUGUGUUCAGAUGAAAGUAUUUCAGAGACAGUGACUGGUAGACACAAAGAGCCUGCUGUUGUCUGUCUCCGACGUUUUUCUUACAACACUCUCUUUUCUGGUUUCCUUUGCUGCUGUUAUCUUAGCUCCCUGUGAUUGGAAUACCAAACACUCGGAGUUCUUUCCUGCUUUUCUUACCAACUUCAGUGUGCCAAAUGGAAACCUUUUCCAUCUGCAGUAAGAAAGAGCUACGCUAAGGCUUUUUUCAACCUAGAUAUACAAACAUUAAACCAUUAGUACUUUCUUUUAUGUUUUGUUUUUCUAUUUUAUUGCCUUGCUGCCAAACAGUUUAGAAAGCAUUAUUAUAGCAACAGAGAAUCUGGCACAACAAAGGUUUGAAGGUUUGAGUCACUCUGUCAUGUAACAUGUAGGUCAGUCCUUCUGUGCCCUGCAGUGUUUUUUUUUUUCUAAUACACCAGAAAUCUCUUGCAGAUUUAAUUUAUUCCAGCUGGAAUUUAGUUUUUGUGUUGGAAUUAUUCUAGUAUUUUAGAGAGCUGAUGUUAAGUGCUAUAAAUUGCACCAGUGUGAAAGAAGGGACAUACUAGGAAGUAAGACAUUUCUAGUUUAUUGUUGAUUACUUUCCUAACAGGAUCAUUAAAUGCCAGUGACACUACCAUCUUUUUACUAAUUGCCAUUCCUUUCAUGAAACUUAAAAAUCCGAAUUUUUCUACACGGCAUAUAUUUUAUAGGUCUCCUGUUCUUGCUUUUUAACUAAAAAGCUCUAGUUUGUUGAUCUACCUUUUGUUUCCAUAAUUGUAUAGUAAUUCUUUGUUGUUUGUAUAAAUAUGGCUGGUCUUUUAUUACAAAAAUGCAUUAUAGGAAGUAGAGGCUCAUGUGUGGCCUUUUAAGAAUUGUAUAAAGGCAAAAAUGAUAUUUGCCAUUAGUUUACUGGUUAAAAGUUUGUUUACAGAAAUUUUCUUUGGUGCUUAAAUGAUGCUAUGUAAAAUAUCAUGGGUAGAAAGAAUGGUUUUGUGGUAGUAACACCGUAUUCUCAUGUAAGAAAGAUGUUUGAGGAAAUACAUUAAAACACUUGUCCUCCCCCCAGAUAAAAAUUUAUGAUAAAGACUACAUCCUCAGUUUUACUCUUGGUCUUAUUUUUUUUUUUUCUUUUUUUCUUUUUUCUUUUUUUUUUGGUUUUUCGAGACAGGGUUUCUCUGUGGUUUUGGAGCCUGUCCUGGAACUAGCUCUUGUAGACUAGGCUGGUCUCAAACUCACAGAGAUCCGCCUGCCUCUGCCUCCCAAGUGCUGGGAUUAAAGGCGUGCGCCACCACCGCCCGGCACUCUUGGUCUUAUUAAAGAUUUUAUUUAAACAUAGAAGAUGGUUUAUUUCUUAGAUGCAUAUGCUGUUUAUGGCUGUAAUUUAAGUCAUGUCUCUUUUAAUCAUGAUUUUAGACAUCCUUGGAUGAUAAAAAAUGAAGUUUAGAUAAAUAGGAAAACAACUUAAACCAAAGCUGUGCAUAUUUUUGGUUCUGACUAGUGUCUGUUUAAGGUUCCAGAUGUUAGAGCAUCGUUAUAAAAACUGACGAUGCAAGCCUGUGGUGAUGGUGCAGCAGUUCUAACCCAGAUGUCUACAACAAAGCUUAGACUUCAUUGUGUUUUCGUUUAGGAAGGGAUUGACAGCAUUGCCACUGUUUAUGUAUUGAACAGGCUCCAGGUCAGUUCUUACAAUAGAAGAGUCUUUAAAGUUAGGGUUAGUUUAUGAUUCUUUCCAGAAGAGUUUUAAAAGGUAACAAAAUUUUCCUUUGUCUAAAAGGUGCAGAAGUUGAGUUACACUAAACUGAGUCACAGUGUGACUGUCAUCAGUGUGUAGAAUCUCCUUUGUUCAUCAGGCAGGAGGUUCAGCCAUUGUGAGAGAACACUUUCUGUGAUGUCUUAUGACCCAGGUUUAUUUUAGACUUUUUGUUAUUGUUUUUCAAACAGGGUCUCAUGGAGCCUAAGCUGGCCUAGAACUCAAUGAGUAGCCUAUUCCUCUUUCUGCCUCCACCUCCCAAGUGCUGGGAUGCCAAUGUGCACCCCACACUGGGAUGUUUGUUCUUUUCCAGUAAGGAUAGACGUUGCUGGUGAUUUCCAAAUUAACAUUAGAUUUUAAUUUAUAUUAAUUUUAGAUUUUUGUAUUGAGCUCUGUUUAUUGUUCAAGAUGAUGUUUAAAAAGUAAGGAUUGGUGUGUUCUUCAUGUUGACAUGACGGAGUCCUGGUAAGCUCGGUGAACUUACUGAUGACCUAACUGAGCCAGAGGAAAGACUCAAUACCAUCUUUCCAGAUCUGCUAGGGCUACAAAGCUUUCCCGAGACUAGAAGCCAAUUGGAUUUAUUUUCGUCUUUUUGUGCUUAAGGUGUAACUGGACAAACAGAAUUUUAAGUUAAAUAUAAGUGGUAUUCUUUGUUUAUAAUGUAAAAUUGUUUAUGUGUCAUACAAAACUAACUCUUUUGUAGAAUGAAUGGCUUACAGUUUGCUUUUCAGAUUCUUAAGGCAGAUUAUUUUCCUUUAAAUGUCUGUCUCAAUUUUAGUCUUAACUUUUUACUUCUACAAAAGGAAUGACUUAAAGGGUACAUUCAGCUGCAUAAAGUGGGUUUUUAUCCUAAUUAAUUUUAUUGUAAAUAAAUGAUAAACUUGGUUUUG